AUGUUCAAGGACCACCCAACCCUGAGUGAGAUGGGCAGGCGUCAGGAUGAUGACACCUCCACGGGAAGAGAGACAGACAGACAGCAGGUGCAGGACAGGGGACUGGUCCUCGGCAAUGCUUUGGCCGGAGCUCCUGAAGUGGGAGGAGAAAGCCGAGGGCACGGGUAUGCCGAGCGGGGUUCUGUGUAUAAAACUGUUAGGUGCCUCCUCCCAGCACUAUCUGCUCCUAAGCACCCUGCCUUUUACGAGAGCCCAGCAGCACUUUAUCAGCCAGUGCCUUCUGCCGCCGGGCAACCAGCCGGAGCAAAAUUAAGCACCUCCUACGCUUGGAACCAAAACCCACCCAAAAUAAAGAUUAUCUAUGGAGAGAGAGGAAGGAUGAAUGGACAGUCUUUGGUUGCCGGCGCUGGUGAUGCCCCUCGUGGUCCUCUUUGGAAGGACCCUUGUGGAGAUAAGGCUGGGGAGGCUGCGCUCAGAGGCUUCACCUGGCUCAGCAUGGCCCCAGCACAGGGGCCCCCGGAUCAGGAGCCAGAGGAAGAGAUAACCAUGGAGGAUAGUCCCACUAUGGUUAAAAUGGACCAGGGUGAAAAGCAGGUUUUACGAAGUCCAAGAAGAAGGUACCUCCCCAAGGCACUUGGCUAUGUCACCGGUGAUAUGAAAGAAUUUGCCAGCUGGCUUAAAGGUUACACACCCCUGAGCCCCUGGUGCUGCUACAAGACAGCUGAUGGAGGUGGGGGUGACCAGAGCUUGGAUGGGCCCCCUGAGUUAUCCCUGUGCGAGCAGGAGGCCCAGUCGUGUAGGACAGAGCUGAGUGGGAAGAAAAGGGGGAGCGGGGUCAACAAAAGGCCUCUCUUUGUGCUCUUGCCCCAGCCCCAUAAAUGUUAG